CCUUCGCAUCCAAUCCACUCCACUCGACCACGAACGAUUCGAAUGCAAAGCCCAUGGCAUCUACCCAAGAUGAUCCUCACGGCUCUAGCUCAUCCUCAUCGGACGCCAAGACGAUCAUAGCACGCCGGCUACUCGAUGCUCUCGUUCAGGAUAACCUCGUGCAGCUAGCCAUCGAUACGCAUGCGAAGGAAGCUGGCGCAAGGAGGAUCAAGGAGGAAGAAGCAGAAGAGCAGAAAGCGAAGCAGACGCAGAAUGCCGAGGCGUCGAGCAGUGACGGGGGCCCGGCCCUCCUCUCAUCGUUACAGGGCGGCGAAAUCGGCCCGUCCUCGCAGUCCUCCCUCGCUGGCAACACCAACGGUGACCCUUCGUCAUCUUCCAGUGCAGCCACCCCAUCCGCUGCUUCUCUAACCACCUCGCAUUACUCCGCCAACCCGCUGAUCCGCUGCCUUGUCUGCAAUCGGCACGUCGCCUCGAAUCGCUAUGCACCUCAUCUGGCCAAGUGCAUGGGAUUGGCAUCCGGCGGGGGAGCCGCUACAGCUAGCAGUGGGAAUGGCUCAGGCUCAGCUGCAGGAGGACUUUUGUCGUCAUCGUCGUCCUCCUCAUCGUUUGGCGGCGGCCUGGGUAAGAACUCGUCCGCAGGACUGAAACGAAAGGCAGCGGCGGGAGCGGCGGCUCAGGCGGCCGCUAUGGCUGCUGCAAGCAAGGCGACUUCCCCUUCGCCGUCAAGUGGGAGUGUUGGUGGUGGCGGCGGGCGAGGAGGAAGUGGGAGAGGGAGAGGCAAAGGGUACAAAUACGGCAAGGGAAGCAGAGGCGGCGCUGGCAGCGAUAGAGGGUCGGCGUCGGCGAGAAGCACGCCAGGGUAUUGAGUCGUGUGCCAUUCAGACACGAGGCAAAAGAGCAGCAGGGGGCAGCAUAGUCGCUCAUUGUACCAUAUCUUUCAUUUACGUCUGCUACAUUAACGUGACCGUGUCCGCCACUUCACCGU